AACCGGUGUGAAAGAAGAAAAAUGUUAAGGAUAUGACAGAUAGAGAGAGACGGAGUGCUCGAAACAAAUGGAGAAUUAAGAAGAGAAUUGCUCGGCAAAAGCAGAAACAUAGCCAAUAAAUUUUAAUAACACCACCAUCAUCCCCAGAAAGUGUGGAAAGAAGCCCCUCUAGAAGACAAAAAACAAAGUAUGAAAAUGAAAAGAAAAGAGCUUGCAGAAUGUUUUCAGGAUAAUAGACUCUAAGAUGAAGAAAUAAAAAACCUAACUAAGAAAGUUGCUUUUUAUAAAAAGCGCUGGCAAAGAAAAAAAGAGACCAAAGAAUCUCCGAGGACAAAAACUAGGCACCUUUUUACGAACAUUUUUAAAAAAGACAAUGCAGAGGUCUCUGUGUACGUAUAACGUAUUGGUACAACAACUUAAACAGAAGUACACAGAAGGUACGAAAAAAUAUAAAAUCAACAUUGCCAGAAACAUUUCAGGGUCCAUAUUAAAAAGUAUAGGAUUAAAACACAAACAUUCCAUAUGCUCGGAAUAGGUGUUUCAAGAAGGAAACAUACAGAAAAAGUAUAUCCAAAAGAAUAUGUGACAAAGUUAAGAAGUUUUAUCUCCGAGAAGACAACUCGAGAGUUAUCACUGGCUUAAAGAAAACGUCACAAAAGGCAAGAAGAAAAAGCAGAGACAUGUUCUAUGUGACAAUUUGAUUAACCUCCAUCACACAUUUAUGUCAGAAGGUAAAACAAAGUUGAGUUAAAGCCUUUUUUGUAGACUUAGGCCGUUUUGGGUGUUUUUUUGUUCGAUACCGAUAAGGAUACAUGCUUGUGUAAGACAUGUUACAGCAUGGAUCAUAUGAUUACAGCUCUAUAUAAGGCGGAUGUAAUUUCCCUAAAUACAAUUGAGAAGGUUUUUAAAGGAAUGGUGUGUGACGUAAAGAAGCAUGAUUGCAUGUAUGGUCUGUGUAGUAUGUGUAAACACAAAGCACACACAAUCAAUGAAAAAGUAUCAAAUCUGAUAAUUGAAUGGUUUGAAUGGAAAACCAAGUCUGAGGAGAGGAUCAUGAAAGAUUGCAAAGAGAAAGAAAUCACAUUUACAGUGAAAGAGACAAUGGCUGGCACAGCUGAAGAAUUGUUUCAGAAAUUCAGUAAAGCAUUAGAAACAUAUAUGAAACACGAGUUUAACAAGUUUGCGCAAUAUAAAUAUUUCAAAAGCAGAAGAGACAAUAUAGAAGAGAAGGAAUGUAUAGUGCAUAUAGAAUUCAGUGAAAAUUAUGUGUGCGCAAUGUCAGAAGAAAUUAAAAGUAUGCACUUUGGUGCGUCAAAGAAGCAAUUAACACUCCACACAGGUAUAAUGUAUGUAGGAAACAAUAAUGGGGAAACAUUUUGCACUGUGUCUGAAUCCCUAGAACACGGCCCAAGUGCAGUCUGGGCACACUUGAAGAAAGUACUAAAUGAUACAAGAAAGAACCAUCCAAAUAUAGUCAACAUUGAGUUCUUUAGUGACGUUCCAACUACACAAUAUAGACAAAAGGGUAACUACUUUUUGCUUUCAGUUGAACCGCAGGAGAUGGGGUUAAAAUCUGCAAAGUGGUCAUUUUUUGAAUCGGGACACGGUAAAGGUAUACCUGAUGCAGUAGAGGGGUCAAUCAAACGCGAAGCAGAUAAAAAAGUUAUGUACUGUGAAGAUAUCACUUCUGUACAGGCAUUUGUAGACAAAAUGAAAACUAGAAAAACUAAAUUUAUACUUGUUACUGAAGAAGAAAUCAAAGUAGAAAAACUUAGACUUCAACAAAACACAUUAAAACCCAUACACGGCACCCUUAAAAUUCAUCAGGUUAUAGUGCGUUCCCCUGGAACAGUUUCCUACAGAAACUUAAGCUGCACAUGCACCAGUACUUGUAAUCAAUGCAGUGAAACCUUAAAGCAAGUAGACUUAGUAAAUCAGCAACAAAAGAGAACAAUACUCAGGAAAAGGAAACUUAUUACUGAAGAAAAGGUAGAAGUUGCAAAGAAAAUCAAGUUACAUUAUGAAGCAAACUCAGAAAUGGAUAAAGGGAACACUCCAAAACAAUCCACACGUGAAGUUCGCUGUUCUCGAGAUUCCGAUGAAACAAACAUCAAACAUAAGCAAGAGUGUUCUGAGUAUAAAGAGAGCAAAGACUCUCAAAAUCAAAAAGAUAAUAAAAGACAUGAAAUAUUCAGUAAGCUCUUGAACGAGCUAAAUGUAUGCAAAACUUAUAUGACAUUGAAAAAGAAGUGCCAGACAAUCGAUCUAAGUGAGUACGCAUUGACAUGUCAAGAUAUAAGCUUCUCAUCACCACCAGUUUUGGAGGCAGAUUUUAAUGUGAUAGAUAACAUGCCUGAUGAUAUCCCAUCUGUGGCUGAUAUAUGUCCAUGCAUCGUCAAAGAAGACGGUAACUGCCUACCUUCUUGUGGAAGCGUUUUCGCUUUUGGACAAUCUGAAACUGUCGCAGAAAUAAGAGUACGCAUCAUGAUUGAACUUGUUAAUAAUGAAAACAAUUACUUAGACGAUGAUUUUCUAAACAAAGGAGUUGACGCCUCUGAUUAAAAAUCUCCAUCAUAAAACAAAACUGUCACUUCAAUACGCCGAGUAUUCAGAAACGUACAUACCUGGGACGAAGUUGAAUAAGAAAACUGUUCAAAGUUUGUACAGAAAGGAGGUUAUGUCAAUAAGAGAAGACAAAUCUUUCAUGGGAAUUUGGCAGUUACAUGGAAUGUCAACAGUUCUUGAUACACCAAUUUACUCUGUUUAUCCAAAGCUUGGAAACGGGUCCGUAAGAAAAGACUUAAACAGGCUUCUACUUCCAGCAUCAGAAAGCGACAAAGAUCCAAUUAUCAUAUUAUGGUCAUCAAAUAGGGAUGAUAUGACUAGCGAACAUUGGGUGCCUAAUCAUUUUGUGCCAUUAAUUCCAAUAUUGAAUGAUGAUGAGAGCACUGGUGAUUACAUCACAGAAGAAGAGAAAUCAUUGCCAAAAGGUGACGAUAGAAACAAUUUUGAAAAAGAUAUAAAUGAUAUUACCAUUUAUGUGAAUGAGAAUGAAAAUGGGGAAUAUAAUGUUGCCUUAGACAAUACGACAGGCAAAGAUAAAAAAGCAAACGUUAUAGACAAUGCUUGUAAAAUGGAUGAAAUUAGUAGUCCCGAAAGCGGUUUUGAAAAAUCCCAAGAAACACCAGCCGAAACACAUAACAAAAAUGAAGCUGAGAUAUCAGAUAAACAAGAAUUAAAACACAUGAUGAUGGAGACUGAAGGAAAAGCACCCACUGAGUGUGAAAUCUCAGUACGUUGUGAAACUGUUGGUGCAGAGAUGAAAUGUGACCAAGGAUUAGAAAUAGAACGUGACGCUAAAGCGCCAAUGGAGAGUGAACGAAAUGAAACGCUGAUAGCGAGUGAUAAAAAGCAAAUAGAGAGUGAAAACAAUCAAACACCGAAAGAAAGUAUACAACGCCAAUAGAGAGUGAAAACAUCAAACCCCAAAAGAGACUGAUAAAACGCCAAUAGAGAGUGAAAACAAUCAAACGCCAAUAGAGAGUGAUAAAACGUUAAUAGAGAUUGAAAACUAUCAAAUGCUAAUAGAGAUUGAUAAAACGCCAAUAGAUAGUGAAAACAAUCAAAUGCCAAUAGAGAGUGAUAAAACGCCAAUAGAGGUUGAAAAGAAUCAAAAGAUAAUAGAGAGUGUUAAAACGCCAAAAGAGAUUGAAAACAAUCAAACGCCAAUAGAGAGUGAUAAAACGCCAAUAGAGGUUGAAAAGAAUCAAAAGAUAAAUGAGAGUGUUAAAACGCCAAAAGAGAUUGAAAACAAUCAAACGCCAAUAGAGAGUGAUAAGAAGCUAAUAGAGAGUGAAAACAAUCAAACACUUAUAGAGAGUGAUAAAACGCAUAUAGAGAGUGAACACAACCAAACGCCAAAUGAAAGAGUAGCCUGCAGAAUUGAUUAAUGAUAUUCAAAACUUUAAUUCUUAUAUUGGCUAUUACGUUUUAGUUACUACAGUACAAGGUUAUAUACAGGUAUAUUGGAGAAGGUUAGUGAAACAUCAGCGCUUAUAAAAUGUAUGAAAAAGGCUGGAAAACAAAAUGAAAACAUUUUCAUAUGGCUAAAAAGAGUACAGGAUUGCAAGUGGUACGAUCUUGUACAAAUUAUCGGGAUUAUUCCAGAGCCAAACACUAUUUCCGAGAGUCACCGCUUUAGCUUAAAUCAAAAUGUUUGGAAUUAUUGUUUCAUGAAAGUGUAAAUUUUGAUUGCGUUUACUACAGAUGUCAAUAUGUCAUCUAAAAUAAUUUCAAGUUUAAUGAACCUAAUGUUCCCGUUUUAAAGUUAAAUGUUAUUUUUUCAGGUUUGAUAUUAGAGUGUAAAUUUUAAACAAUAAGUAAUAGUACAUUUCAUUUUCUCUCGCUUUACGGUCAAACAAAAAGGCAUUUUGUAACAAUAACGGAAAAUAUCUUUCAAACUCCAAGUGGUGUUUUAUAUACUGAUUAUACUUUUUCUAGUUUUUUUCUACCUGAAAUGCAAUUGUUAACAAAACAUACUUACUACACUCAUAGUUUGUGUUUAAAGUUCUUUGCUGUAACAGAUAAAUCCCCUUCUGUAACGUUAAGAUAUCAUCAAAGUCGCAUGCCACAAGAAUGCUUAUUCUAUUUUUGAAAUAUAUUAGCUUAUUUUACAGCAUGACAUGUUUGUAGUUUCUUGAUUAAUUGUUCAAAACUGUUUGUUAAAUAAACAUUGUUAAACUUUA